AUGGUUGAACCAGAGAAAAAAGGUAAUUUCCCGAAUCUUGAAGAUACGGUUCGAAAUCUUCGAGAAGAAAAUGCAAAACUUUUACAAUUACUCCGUUCUCAAGGACUUUUAUUUGAUGCACCUACAAUAAUUGAUGGUAAAACAAAUGAAUCAUCAAAUAUAACAUUUGAUAAUUCUGAUAUAACAUUAACAACAAAUUCAAUAAAUACAACAAAUCAAAUAACACAUCAACAUGUUAAUAAUCAUGGUCCAAUAAAUCAACAAAAUUAUUCUGGUCAAAUAAUUCAUGGUAAUCAAUCUAAUAUAACACCUAACUUUAAUACAGUUAUUCAAACAACAACACAACCAUUUGUACAAAAUAAUUCAAAUACACUUGUACAAAAUAAUACAAAUUUAAUACAGCCAAUUAAUUUAGUCAAUUUUAAUAAUGUUAGUUUAGAUUCUAUACAAUCAUUUUUUGCUUCACAAAAUAAUCUUGUUUACUUAUCUCAAACAUCUUCAUCAUCAACAACAACAACAACUACGACAACAACAUCAAAUAUGAAAUUUAAUAAUGAAUCUGAACAACAUCAAAUAUCUAUUAGACCAAAACCAUCAAUUAUUUCACAACAAUCAGAAUCAACAUCUGUUUUACCAAAAAUUAAAAAUGAAUAUUAUGAAAAUAUAUCAAGACAAAUAUCAUCAUCAUCAAAUAGUGAAACUACAAAUUUACUUGAUAAUGAUUUAAAUCAUAAACAACCAAGACCUAUUCGUCCUAAACCAUUAUCUAGGAAUAAUCCUUUACAGGUUUAUACUCCUGUUGUUUUAAACGAAACAAAACCUACAACUACAAAUGUUCUUACACCACCAUCAUUAAUUAAUAAUACAACAACAUCUUCAACAGUAUCUUUACUUUCUCCAUCAAGAUCUUUUGAUGAACAUCAUAUAGAUUCAUCUCCUCAAUUUCUUCAAUCAAAAUCAAUGGAUUUAUCCGUUCCACCAACUAAUAAUCUUCUAACAACAACUACAACAACAACAACAACAAAAAAACCUAAUAAAACUUCUAUACGUAAUCGUAAAAAAACUUCUACAUCAUCAUCUGUAGUUGUUCCAUCAAAUAAUUCAACAUUAAUACCUAUUGCUCCAAAUCCCGGUCGACCAUUAGCACCAGCACCAAUUAAUGUUCAACGUAUUGUAACAACAAAUAAACGUUCAAUAACAAAUAAAAAAACAAAUUCAAAAACAUUUAUUGAUUAUCAUGGUGAAAGUAUAAUUCAACAAAAUUCAUCACCAACAAAUUCUUUUGCUGAAUCAAUAUCUGGUUUAAUGCAAAAUUUUGAUCAAGAAUUAUUAGCAUCAAAUUUUUUAACACAACCACCACCAACAACAAAUAUUCUUUCAAAUGAUUCAUCAACAAAUGUAAAUAUUAUUCGAACAUUAGAUAAUAUUGAUGUACGACAAAUUAUUAAUACAACAAUACAACGAAAUGAUCCAUAUCAAUCAAUGCCAACACUUGAUGAAUUUAAUGAUCGACUUGAUAAUGAAACAAGUCAAACAAUACAUGAUUAUAAUGUUGAUAAUGAACAAAUAACAUCAUUUAUGAAUGAAGAAGAUAUGCAUUUUGCUGAAAUGAAUUUUGAUGAAAAUACAUUUUUAAAACAAUUUGAUUUAGAUGAUGCAGGAAUUAAAUUAAAUGUACCUUCAGAACAAAAUAUUUUUACUAGUCUUUUAACAAAUAAUCAUCAUUUAAAUAAUUCAACGGAACAAUCAAAUUCAUUAUCAUUACCACCUCCAGUUUAUCCAGGUUCAUCAUUAAUUAAUAAUAAUAUUUUUACAACUGUUGUUCCAUUGGGCUUACAACAACAAUCAUCAAAUAAUAAUACAUUUAAUAAUAAUAAUAAUAAUAAUAAUAAUAAUAAUAAUAAUACGUCUAGAUGUUUACCAGAAGAAGGUGUUCAAUUAACUGCCCGUCAUAUUGAACCAAGUCAAGUUGCAACUUAUGAAUCAGUAAAAUAUCAAGAUAUUCUUGAUGAUUUAGUAACUGUAACUGAUCAAGAUGUAUUAAGUCAUGUUCAAGCUGCUGCUGCCGCUGUUACUACGAAUGAUACAACAGUAAUAUCAAGCGAUUUUUCUUUUGCUUUACUUGAAGCAACAAAUGAAAUAAUAAAAACAACAGAAAUUCAAGGUGCAGAAGAAACUGCAUCGGCUUUUGUUGAUUUACAAUAUUUUUAUCCUAUUGAACAAGAACAAGAAUUAUUACAAAAACAAUUAGAACAAUGUGAACAAAAAGAUGAACAAGAAACAUCUAUUAUUCUUGAAGAAAAAUAUCCAAAUGAAAUAAUUUCAUCUGCUGAAUCACCAAAAUCUAAUGAAAAUCCAACAAUAACUGAUCUUACAUCAAUUAUACAAAUAAAUCAAACACAUUCACCAUCUCCUAUUAAAGAAACAACACCAACUAUUGAUUAUGAUGCUCUCCUUCCUCCACCACCAGCAGCACCACCACCUCCUCCUCCUCCUCCUCCAGCACAACCGCCAACCGAAUUUCCAACUUUAUUUGAUAAUAAUUCUCGAAAAGCAUGUAUCAUAUUUGAACCAAUAUUAUCUCCAACAAAUUCUCUUUCUCCAAUAAAUCCACCAUCUCCAAUAAAAUCAUCACAAGAUGAAAUGAUUCUUGAUUCAGGUUGUUUAAUGAAUUCAUCGAUUGAUAAAUCGAAUACAUUAAAUAAUGAUCAAAUUGAAGAAUUAUUAAAUGAAACAUUAAAUAAUCAAUAUGAAAUUAUUGAAAAUCAAGGUCAUACAUCACCUUUAACAGAUUUAACUAUUGAAAAUCUUGAUCAAUUAGUUGAACAAAUAGAACAACCAACAAAAAAAGUUUUAGAAAGAAAUUUUUAUCAUUAUCAAAAAGUUUAUCAAGAAAAUUUAAAGAAAAAACCAAAAGAACAGUAUUCACCAAUUCCAUCUGUUAAAUUAAAACUUCAUUCAAUUUAUUCAAAACAUAAAAAGAAACGAAAAUCAUCUUCUUCACCAAUUCCUCUUGCGGAAAAUAUUCGACCACCAUUAAAAAUUAAAAUUCGUACAAAAUUACCGCCACCUCCACCUCCAUCUCCACCACCACCACCUCCUCCUUCUCUUACUCCGCCGCCUGUUUCAAAAGAAAAACCAUCAGUACCAAAAAUAAAAAUACGUAAACCAAUUAAAAAAUCUAAACGUAAAAAACCAUCAACACCUUCAAUUGACGAUCAAUUAGAACAUGAAGCAAAACUUUCAUUAAAAACUGAAUAUGCUGGUCUAACACGUUUUGAACAAUCAUUAGCUCAACUUUAUCAUCGACAAUCAUCAUCACCAGAUACACAAAUUCCUCCAACACCAGGAGAAAAUGAGGAUUUAACAAUUCUACCUAAUAAACAAGAUACACCACCAACAAAUGAAAUAAAAUUAAAUUCAACAUCACCAUUAAAUCAAAAUAAAAAAUUAUCACAUUUAUUAAAUUAUGAUGAUGAACCAUUAAAUAAUAAUACAUUUAUAACACCACCACCUGAUAUUGAUAUAAAUAUUCAACAACAAAAAACUUCGAAUGAUGUUUAUCAAAAUUCAAAAAAAAUUAAAAAAUCUCAACAAAAUUCAUUUAUCAAUAGAGAAUAUUAUUCAUUAUCGAGGAGUACACAAGUUUUACCUAGAUCACAACCAUCACCAAUGCAUAUUGAUCCAUAUACACAACCUUAUCAUCAUUUUGAUCCAAGAACAACACCAUUUUUUAAUUUUCCUUUUCCUAAUCCAUUUAUGAAUCCACAUUCAACAACAACACCAACACAUUUUCAUCAUAAUCCAAUGAAAUAUCAUUAUCCAACUCAUAGUUAUCCAACACAUCAACAACAAUAUUCCUAUCAUCCACAUUUACAAUCCCAACAACAGUAUAAUAAUUCGAAUUAUAUGUCUUCUCAUGAUCAUCAUUCAUUCGACAGAUAG